UAAGUAUAGUUUUGUUAUUUUCAGAAAUCGUUCGUCGACCGCAGAACGCCAUCAUUAAAAUGCCUUCCGGCACGUUGUACACCUAUCCUGACAACUUCAGGGCGUUCAAGGCUCAGAUUGCUGCUAGAUAUUCGGGCUUUGAUUUGAAGGUUGCUGAAAACUUCGUGUUCGGAGAAACCAAUCGCGACCCUGCAUUUUUGAAGAAGUUUCCUCUGGGGAAAGUUCCAGCCUUUGAAGCUGACAACGGUACUCAUCUCGUUGAAAGCAACGCUAUUGCAUAUUUCGUUGCGAACGACGAACUCCGUGGGGGCAAGGAUAGGACGAAGGAAGCUCAGAUUUUGCAAUGGAUUUCUUUUGCCGAUUCCGAAAUUUUGCCAGCAGCAUGUACGUGGGUUUUCCCUGUUCUUGGCAUAAUGGCACACAACAAGCAGAAUACGGAUAGAGCGAAGGAAACGAUCAAAGAAGCCCUCAACCACCUCAAUCAACAUUUGCUCACUCACACUUACCUGGUUGGUGAACGAGUGACUUUGGCGGACAUCGUCGUUGCUUGCACAAUGUUGUCGCUUUACGAGAACGUGUUGGAUCCCGCUUUCAGGGCGCCAUACCAGAAUGUCAAUCGGUGGUUCAACACCAUCAUCAACCAACGCCAAGUGAAACCAGUUUUAGGAAACUUCCAGCUGUGUACCAAAAUGGGAGAAUUCGACGCGAAGAAAUUCGCUGAAAUUCAAGGAAAAUUAGGCGGCGAGGGUGAUGCACCAAGCUCGAAGAAAGACAAGAAAAAGUCUGCGGAGAAGAAGGAAGCGAAACCCAAAGCUGCCCCCAAAGAACCAGAGCCGAAAGAAGACCUCGACGAAACGGAGCUUGCAUUGGCGGAAGAGCCAAAAUCCAAAGAUCCCUUUGCCGCAAUGCCAAAGGGCACCUUUGAUAUGGACGACUUCAAGCGAUUCUACUCCAAUGAAGACGAAGCAAAGUCCGUGCCGUACUUUUGGGAGAAAUUCGACAAGGAAAACUACUCGAUCUGGUUUGGGGAAUACAAGUAUGCUAAAGAACUUACGCAGGUCUUCAUGAGUUGCAACCUCAUCACCGGGAUGUUCCAGCGCCUGGACAAAAUGAGAAAGCAUGCUUUUGGAUCAGUGUGCCUUUUCGGAGAGAACAAUAACUCGACCAUUUCCGGCGUUUGGUUCUGGCGUGGCCAAGAUUUAGCGUUUGAGCUUUCACCUGAUUGGCAAGUGGAUUAUGAAACCUACGAAUGGAAGAAGCUUGAUCCUGAAGCACAGGAAACGAAGGACCUGUUGAAGCAGUACUUGUGUUGGGAAGGCGCGGACAAGGAAGGCCGAAAAUUUAACCAAGGGAAAAUCUUCAAGUAGAUGGCAAUCCCUGACAUGCAACCGUGAAACUAUCCUUCAAAGGACUGGCGAGGAAUUUGACUGCCCCGAAAUUCUGCGUUGUGCUAUCGGUCCUGAGGUGUUUCUGGGCGUGUGAAAUUAAAUGAAUUCUGCUGGUGGUCGGAAGAAA